CCCGCCAAAAAGUUGUCUUCACAAAGUGCCACGCCCACUCUCUCAAUGUACAUAGCCUCGUUUUGGACAUACACAAAUGGUCGUGAUUCAGAAAAGUUCGUGACAAAAUAAGUUGAACUAAAAUUUAGUACUACCAAUCGCUGAUGCUCUGUAAUCGUUUAGUUUAAUAACCUCACACAAAGGCAACAGUAUCAUGGAGACGCAUUAAAGACCCAAAAACACCCAGAAAAUAUUUGAGAUUUUUUUAGUCAGAACUAUAUAUCAUGUAUCGCCAGGAUCAACAAAGCCGCAGCAACCACGGCUAUGUGGAGAACAUCCCUAUGUCACAUGUCGACCAUAGGUACGUGGAUGCCCAUCAGGUUGAUGUUAAUAUGUCAACAAUGAUGCCCACAAGGGACAAUUCAGAUUUGAGACUGCGUCGUCAACAUUCCGAUGCCCCUAGCUACCAUUCCUCUGGAGAUGAUGCAGAUUUUAGGCACAAUCAGCCACAUACUGGGGGUGGUCUGAUAGAUGAACUUCCAAGUCGUCAACUAAUUAAUGCAGUUAACCAAAUAGAAGAUUCCAAAACAUGGAAGAAAAAAUCCUCCAAAGCAAAAAAAUAUGCCACCUUGCAUUUAAGACGAGGACAACAAGCAGUAAACUUUGAGGAGGCAAUGAUUGAAAACAUUGGCAGUGAUCCAGAGAAUGAAGCUGAUGCCGAAAUGGUUGAGGCGCAGACCAUAGAGGCACUGAGGGCAAUGACAAUACCAAUUGCGAGAAAACGAGCAAUGAUAGAUAAAAAGAGGGACUCAAACAAAACAAAACGAUUCAAGAAAGUUGGAUUCGUGAAAAGAACCAAAUAUUCUAUGAGCAUAGGUUGGUCUCACUUUAAACAACAAUUAGCAGAAGUACGAUACACCAUGGAACUCUGGUACAAUCAUCUGAAAAAGAUUGAGGGUCACUUUGGGACAGGUGUUACGUCAUAUUUCCUGUUCCUUAAGUGGAUGUUUUUGAUGAACAUGCCUGUGUUUCUAUUGGUGUUUGGGUUUAUCGUUAUCCCACAGAUCAUUUGGCGAUACCAGCAAAGUCCCAUCUAUACUGGAACCUUCACUGGAGUUGAACUAAUGACUGGAUGGGGUUUCUUUGAAAAUACAGAGAUGUUUUAUGGGUACUACGUGAAUGAUACAAUCUCUGGUAGGGCCACUCCAGAUCUGAAGUAUGACAUGAAAUAUGCAUACCUGCUAACGAUGGGUGCUUACUAUCUCUUGAUAAUGAUCAUUCUCAUGGGAAGCUUGACAAGAUCCUACAGAAAGAAUUACAUCGAUGGGGGUGGGGAAUUCUCUCUCUAUUUCUCUAGCAAGGUGUUCUGUGGGUGGGACUAUGGUAUGACAGCCAGGGAUGCGGCAAAGUUGAAGCAGAAAAGUAUAUCCCAAGAGCUCAAGGAAUUUUUAGCCAGUCGUAGGAAAAGGCAAGAACCAGAAACAUGUGGUAUCUUCUGCUCAAAUUUCCUACUACGUCUAGUCACUAAUGUGAUUGUGUUGGGCCUCCUAGGUGGCUCUGGCUACCUGGUUUGGUUCCUUGCAACAACACAGUCACUCAAGACUGAUCUUGCAUGGAUAUCAGACAUGGCUAUGCCCUUGGUGAUAUCAGUCAUCAACUGGUUUCUACCAUUUGCAUUCUCAAUCAUUGCGACAUUUGAACGCUACAAAAAGCCAAAAUCAGAGCUCUAUAUUACCAUGUUGAGAACUAUGAUGCUUAACCUGGUGACCAUAGGAGUGCUGGUCUACUACUGGUUCAAUAAUGUAAGCUGUGCAAGGCAGGCGGCAGAGGACCAAACCGAAUAUAACGAAUGUUAUCCAUGUUGGGAAUCGUUUAUGGGUCAGCAAUUAUAUCGCUUGGUGCUAGUUGACUUUGUCUUCAUGCUGUUGCUUACGUUCUUUUCAGAGUUUGUUCGCAGCCUGAUGUCAAAAUAUUGCUGCAAGAGACUAGGAUCACCAGAGUUCAACAUAGCCAGGAAUACAUUGAACCUGAUUUAUUCUCAGAUUCUUAUAUGGUUGGGGACCUACUACAGCCCUCUGCUACCUUUCAUCCAGAUCCUCAAGUUAUUCAUUGUAUUUUAUGUCAAACGGGUAUCUGUAAUGAUGAAUUGUGUACCUUCCAUAAAGCCUUGGAGGGCAUCAAAGGCCCAUACAAUAUUCCUGGCCAUCCAGUUUAUGGCAUUCAUUCUUGUUGCUGUGGCGAUAGGCUUCAGUGUUGGCUUCAUUGCCCCUUCUUCAACGUGCGGGCCAUAUAGAGGGUAUGCAACAACUUAUGAUGUCAUAGUGGAUCUGAUUAACACGUGGCAGGGACAAUAUGAGAUUCUCCGCACCAUUCUUAACUUGAUAACAACUCCAGGAUUCAUUGCUUUUGUAGUUGUUGGUCUUUGUCUGGCUGUCUAUUACAUGAGGAUAGUAUCAGUAGGACACAAUGAAAUGGUCCAACUGUUGAAACAUCAGCUAGCACUGGAAGGGAGAGACAAAAUCUUUCUGUUGAGGAUGUUACAAGAAGCAAGUGGUAGAGGUGACGACCCAAGCUCCAGACCUGACCUUUCUAAACAACCACAGAUCACAUCUCCAGGAGGAAAGAAGUUCGCAAAAAUGCAAGAAAAACAUCACAACUCUCCUUUGACACGUCGUAAGGAGAAUAACAAUGGAGGCAUUCCAACAAACAUUGGACCAAGUGGAGAUGAUCCAAACACUACUGAUUAUCAUCUGAAAGAGGCUGGCAAUUAUGGAGGUAAUGAAGGAGAAAGGCACAUCCCCAGGGAUUUAUAUGUGGACACAGGGGCUGCAGGUUCAGCCCUAUUUACACCCCCUCGGGAUGCACCUGGGGGUGUCAGUCAUGGUACAUUAAACCUUGGGUACGAUGACAUCUCACCCAAUAGUAAACCAAAUCUUCCAUACCCUGCAAUGCAUCCUGGGUAUAAUGCUGAUCCUCAAAUGUACGCAAGGCCACCCAUGGAUAGAGGGCAGCACCAGUCAGAAAGGAAAGAUGGCAAGAAAGAAAAACGAAAGAAGAAAAAGUAGAACAUUAACAAUUUGUUAAUAAAACACGAAGUAUAAUUGUAUAGAUGAUAUUUUUAUAUAUUCUAAUGUGUUGUACAUUUAUGUAACCCACAUACAUGUAAUCCAUGCACAUGUUCAUUUUGUCAAAUUUGUUAUAAUCUAUGCUUCACUGUGAACUUACAUUUGUAACAUUUCAGUAAAUGUUGUUUUAAUACAUUAUUCAAUAUUGCUAACCGAUUUUCUAAUUAUCAGAUUAUGCAAUGAUGAUAAAUGCCAUGUUUGCAGAUAUUAACAAUAGCCUUUUGAAAUGUUUUUCUAACAUUAUGAGGAGCUCUGUAA